CGCCCUUCGCAGACGGUUCCUGUUUGCCCCACAUUCCUUUGGAAGUUUCACAGUUUACGCUGCACACCAUGUCUUCUACCGUGAAGAGCUUCAAAGUCACCUACAAUCCUCUUAAUGGGAGAAACACCUUUACCAAUGGCGACCUCGUGACAGGCCAAGUGACGCUGGAAGUGGAGAAAGAUUGCCAAAUAGAAUCCCUGUCAAUUAAAUUCAAAGGGAAAGCCGAAGUCAUGUGGACCGAGAAGCACGGCAAAGUUACUGUUGUCUACCACUCCAAAGACAAGUAUUUCAGCGUCAAACAUUACUUUAUCCGAGACAAAUAUAGCCAAGACGACCACCAAACAUCACUGAUAAAUCAGAAUGGAGAAAUAUACAGCGAUGUUGUUGCUCCAGGGUGCCAUGUCUACCCAUUCACCUUUCAGAUCCCUUCUCAGGAAAUGCCCUCCUCCUUCAAGGCUUAUACCGGUAAUAUUGUGUACUUGCUGGAAGCCAACCUGAGUAGAUCAAUGAGGAUGAACAAGAAGGAUUCAACUAAGCUCAACUUUGUGUCGAACGUGGACAUGACCAGUGACCCUGAACUAAUGACACCACAGCACGAGACUAAAGACAAGAAAUUGAAAUAUUUCAACUCAGGAAGAGUAGCCAUGGAUGUGAAUAUUGAAAAAACAGGAUACUUCCAAGGAGAGGGAUUAAAGGUUUUGGCGUACAUUCAGAACAACUCAUCUCGUCAUAUCAAGCCAAAGUACUGUGUGUACAGUAAGCACAGCUUCUUUGCAAAUGGGAAGAGAAGACUCUAUACUCACGACCUCCUUAAAGAGGUGGGAGAGCCCAUCCCUGCGUCUGCCAGCGAACAGGUCACAAGGGUCAUCCCCAUCCCCCAUGAUGUGGAGCCCUCCAUCCUCAACUGCAGCAACAUCAAAGUGGAGUACAGGCUGAGGGUUUAUCUGGAUGUCAAAUAUGCUUCAGACCCUGAGAUCAAAUUUCCCAUCGUCAUCCUGCCAGCCUCUCAGGCUCCUGCUGUGGCACCACCACCUGCUUUUGCUGCCUUUGGAUUUGAAGCAUUUGGCAACCCAAACCCACCAGUCCGGGGUGUUGUACCACCACAACAACCAACAGCACCUCCACCAUUUGAUCCCCCACCUUCAUAUGGUGCAUAUGCAAUGUACCCUCCGAUGACGGAUUAUGGCAAUAAAUACCAGUGAUGUGACGCUGAAGAUACUUGGACAUUUCAAGGAAACAGAGUAAAGUGACAGAAAAGGAAAUUACAAUUACUGCUAUUUCAAAUGUCAACCUGUAUUAUCUUCAUUAAUUUGUCAAUGUAUUAUAGAGUUUUGUUUUCUUUAUUACAUAACUCUUGCUAUACAGUAUUAAUAUUACUAUGGUAACAUACUUAAAAACAAGUAGUAUUCAUUAACCUCGCUUGAUAGAAGGGUGAUUUCUGAGAGUUAACUAGUUUGGUAGAAACCACUAUCUAUAGUUAUAUACUGUGUGUAUUGGACAGUAGCAACAAAAUAUGUAGCAUUAUUUCCAAAACAAGCUUUAAAGUACAAAGCACUUUUACAAAGUAGAGGUAAAAAACAUUUCACUCAACCAAAAGACAUGGGGGAGCAGGGAUGUGUGUAACCAACGUUAACGUCUAAAGCACUUUGAGUUGGAUUUUGGAACUUUCUCCUCUGUACAAAUUAAAUAAAAAGCCAUUAUAGGCCAUUACAUUUAAUUUA